AUGGCGCACCGGGUGGACAACGAGUACGACUACCUCUUCAAGAUCGUGCUCAUCGGCGACUCCGGCGUCGGCAAGUCCAACAUCCUCUCCCGCUUCACCCGCAACGAGUUCUGCCUCGAGUCCAAGUCCACCAUCGGCGUCGAGUUCGCCACCCGGACCCUCCAGAUAGAAGGAAAGACUGUGAAGGCACAGAUAUGGGACACGGCUGGUCAGGAGAGAUACCGUGCAAUUACUAGUGCAUAUUACAGGGGUGCUGUUGGAGCACUCCUAGUCUUUGACAUAACAAAGAGGCAGACCUUCGACAAUGUUCAGAGGUGGCUCCGUGAGCUCCGGGAUCAUGCAGAUGCCAACAUUGUUGUCAUGAUGGUUGGGAACAAGUCAGACUUAAACCACUUACGAUCGGUUCCUGAGGAAGACAGCCAAGCAUUCUCUGAGACAGAAGGUCUGUCGUUCCUUGAGACAUCUGCACUGGAGGCAAUCAAUGUGGAGAAGGCAUUCCAUACUGUGCUGAGUGAAAUUCACCAGAUUGUAAGCAAAAAAGCACUUGCAGCACAGGAGUCUGCUGCUGCCAACGGCCGUUCAAUGCAAGGAACGACUAUUAACGUUGCUGAAUCAUCCGCCAACGCAAAAGGUUCUUGCUGUUCCAGUUGA